GCAUCCAGUUUUGCUGUUAAAGACCCAUCAAGUGUCUUAUCUUUUCUCUCUCUCUAUCCACAUUCUCCAUCUCUUUAGCUGCAUCUCAGAGUUGGUCAAACCAAGCCACAGCCUUCAGUGUGCUCCCCCAUCACCUCCGGAGCCCCAGCUAGAAGCUGAUUCCUUUGCUUCCUUCGCCCAUACUCCUCCAGCUCUUGAAGAUCUCCCACCUCUUGCCUACCAUCAAGUCGCCGAGGCAUGAACUUGGCGGUGGCCAAACCCGAGCUCAAGGCCAGCGCGCGCGUGUCCGGCGGGAGUGCAGCUGCCACCGCGCCACGCAACGGCCCGCCAAAGUUCAAGCAGAGGUCGACCCGACAGUUCAAGAGCAGGCCCCCGAAGAGGGGCGUCCUGGGAUUCGGUGAUGAUAUCCCUGGGAUGGAAGGCUUAGGAAUGGACAUCACUGUCAUCUGCCCCUGGGAAGCUUUCAGCCACCUGGAGCUCCAUGAACUGGCUCAGUAUGGCAUCAUCUGAGUCCUCCACCUUCCCACAAGCCCCUCUGUGUCUCAUCCUCCAUCCUACUCAAGCAACCUGUCUGCAGCUUGCUCUCUGCUGUAUCUGUUCAAGAGGCACACAGAUAACAAAAAAGCAGCUAAAUAUGAUGUUAUGGAAAUAUAUAUUUAAAAAAGGCCACCGUGAGACUGUUACCCCUCUUUGUAACUAUUUUUUUAGUGUCUGGUAUUUCCUGCAGCCAAAGUUCUCUGCCAUCUCAGCUAUUGU